AUGGCCAUUGAUAUUUGUGCUGAUCAUCCUAGUGCCUUUUGGAAUCGGAAAAAGCAUAUUGUAACUCUUCCAUAUGAAGAUGAUUUCUCUGAGGAAAAUAUCCCUACCAAAUCUCGUCCUUGUCAGAUGAAUACCGAAUUGGUUGAAUUCUGCAAAAAGGAAAUUGAUAAUUUAUUACAAAAGGGAUUGAUAAAGCCUUCCAAAUCACCAUGGUCGUGUACUGCUUUUUAUGUUAAUAACGCAGCAGAAAAAGAACGAGGUGUUCCCAGGAUGGAUCCUCCUUGGAUAACCAAGGCUAGAGGAAAAGGCAGUUAUACUCGCGGAAGGGGAAGAUCAUCCCCAAGUUCACCAAGAUCAUCAUACGAAUCUUCAUCAUCUAGUACUCCAAUUAUACAAAAGGGAGGAAUGAGUUUAUAUAACUUAAACUCUAGAGCACAAGAAAGAGCUUCAUCAUCAAUACAUCUGGAAGAUAUUCCAGAAAGUGAUCCAUUAUAUACUAAACUACAGGAGUUUAUAACUCAAAAACAGGGUGAUUCUUUUGCUUCAAUCGCCAAAGAAGAAUUCAAUGCCAUUGUACUUUCAUCACUUACAAAUGCAAUUGCCAAGGAAUUGCAGGGUAGCGCCGCACACGUUAAAACUGCUAGAGAAAUUUGGGUAGAUCUGGAAUAA